GUUAAUCCUUCUUGUCCUCUUCCCGCAUUUGAAGUACCUCUCCCUGGUAAUCAGUUCGCACUUGGUAUUCAACUUGGUCGCCAUUUGCGUCUGAUUUGCUUGUAUCUCCCGCCUGACCAGCCUACAAUGAGAUGUUCGGAUGUGUCUUCAGUGCUUUCUUCUCUUCCUCUGUCCCAUGAUACCAUCAUAUGUGGUGAUCUCAAUGCCCGUCUUGGUGAUAUUACUGGUGACUCUGGUUCUAACUCUCGUGGUGCCACGGUUCUUGACUGGUGCAUGGAUAACAACUUGUCCAUCUUGAAUCGACACUUGUCCUUUGGUGUGCCCACUCUUGUUGACUUUCGUCGUGGUCGUCCUGUUAGUAGUAUAGUAGACUACUUUAUCACUAACUUGGUGCCCUAUGAUGCUUCUCUCCCUUCUGCUUCUUUAACGGUGGCUUCAGAUCUGUCUUUGGGCUCUGACCAUAAGCUUAUGUCUCUAUCCUUUGAGUACUGUCCUCCUCAAGCCUCUGUGGUUCAUCCCUCCCCUACUACCUCUUCUGCUUCUUUGUCAAGCUUUCGUCGCUGCUGGAAUCUGUCCCGGUUAAAAGAACCUGAUGUCUGUGAUCUCUUCUAUCACAAGUUUGCUUCUUUAGCCUUUUCUUUAGUCCAAGAUCUUCGUGCUCUUGUGUCCUCUCCUCCCCGUUCUCGCCCAGAUAUUGAUGCCAUCAAUCAACGGCUCAAUGAUGCCAUUUACACGGCUCUGGAUCAAUCAGUUGGUGCUCGUGCUCAACGGCCGGCCCAUUGGAAGAAGUUCUGGACUCCUGACCUCCAAGAAGCUGCUGAUCGUCGUGAACGGUAUUAUCGUCGGUGGAAACACUCUCGUAGUGCCAUGGACAAGAUCUACUGGUGGAAUAUGCAUGUUGAAGCUCAUGCAAAGUUUAAGCAAGACCUUCGUCGGGCUAAACAAGUCUCUUGGCGUGCUUUCUGUGACUCCCUCGAGAAAGAUGACUUUGGUACCGUGGUCCUUCCUAAGGUAAAGCGGAUCAAAUCUCGUAGGCAACGACAAUCUGGCUUUGUCCAUCCGGAUGGUGACUCGGCAGGUGCAAUCGCUUUGCGGGACCACCUUGCUUCUGUUUACUCUGGUUCGUCCCUUCCUUCUGUUCGUCCUCCUACUCUUGAGGUUAGUCCUGACUCUCUUCCCUUUUCUGUCUCUUUACCCUCUUGUGGUAACUCUGGCUCCUCUCCUGGUGAUCUUAUGGCUAUUGAUGACGAUGGUUUCUCUGAGGUCAUUCGUGUUGACAACAUCAUUAGUCACAUUAAGUGUCUACCUCGUAGAAAAGCUCCUGGUUCUGACCAUCUGCGUGCUGAGAUGCUGAUACCCAUCAAGAAGCCUCUUGCAAAGGUUCUCUCUCCUCUCUUCGCUCUCUGCUACCAGUGGUCUUAUAC